AUGGCAAGUAGCCGGUGGGAUACAUCGUACAUGAAACAUGCUGGCCAAGACGACCAAGAAGCAGGAACCAAGGAACCCAGGCCAGGCUGUGUGUGA